AAGAUGGCCAGAAAAUCAUUGAAGCUGAAGAAGGUUUGCUCAGUAGAUCACCGUAUUUUAUCAAAUUUUAAGUUGUAAUAGUUUUUAAUCGUCAUAACUGGUCAUCCUCCAGCCGCAAAGAAAGGAGGAAGUUAUUCAGAAAUUAUGUCGCAGAAAGACGAAACCCCGAUUCCCACGCUGAUAAAAGGGAGAUCAAAAGAAGGUGUUCGUCUGGAAUACGAGCGAGGAAAGUUUUUGGGAAAGGGAGGAUUUGCAAAAGUUUAUGAAUUAAUUCCUCUGAAUGGAGACAAAACGAUCUAUGCUGGAAAAAUUAUGUCGCGGAAACUGAUGGCGAAAGAGCAACAGAAAGAGAAACUGAAACUGGAAAUCAGCCUUCACAAGAGUUUGGAUUUUCACAAAAACAUAGUGAAGUUUGUGAAUGUGUUCGAAGAUGAGCAUUUCGUGUACAUUGUUCUCGAACAUUGUAAGUCAAAGUCUAUGAUGGAACUGCAUAAGCGAAGAAAAGCAGUUAGCGAACCGGAAGCACGUUUUUUUGUUCGUCAAAUCUUGGAGGGCUUGGUUCAUUUGCAUGAUCGCAGAAUUGUUCAUAGAGAUCUUAAACUGGGCAAUUUGUUUCUCGAUGAGAAUCUUAUUGUUAAAAUUGGUGAUUUCGGAUUGGCUACAGAAGUGAAGCCCAAUGAGAGAAAACAGACGAUAUGUGGAACUCCUAACUACAUCGCACCUGAAGUCUUGCUAAAGAAAGGGCAUGCCUUUGAGGUCGACGUCUGGGCUGUCGGAUGUAUUCUUUUCACCUUGUUAGUUGGCAAGCCACCUUUCGAAACCCAAACUCUGAAGGAAACUUACUCGCGAAUCAAAAGCAACCAGUACACAAUUCCAACUGGAAUGAACGCACAUGCCGCUCGAUUAAUCAGAAGGUUGUUAUCUCCAAAUGCAGAAUCGCGACCGAUGGCUAAAGAUGUCCUCAAUGACUCAUUUUUUACUUCCGGAUUGUUGCCGAAACAUUUGCCAACGUCAUGUCUUACCAUGACUCCUCGAUUUGACAGGCGCAGCACCAUACAUCCUUGUCAACAGCCGACAAACACUAACAGGCCUGCUCUCAUGGAGUUGAGAGGACAACUGACUGCGGGUUCAGGGGUCAGAGAGGGUGGCAAAAAGCCCUCGACAGUAGUCUAUUCAGAAGGUGUAGAUUACCGCAAUCAAGUGCAAUUUCUGCUGAUGGCAUUGAGAAAUAUCGAACAUAAUUACAAAUUCAAACAAGCCGCCCCUUCAACGAUCUCAAUGGAACUCACGUCGCCUGAAAUGGCACCCUUUUAUUGGGUGAGCAAAUGGGUUGACUAUUCGGAUAAAUACGGACUGAGCUACCAGCUCUGCGAUGGAUCAUCAGGUGUUCUGUUCAAUGAUUCCAGCCGAAUAGUUCUGUAUGCCGACGGCGACACAGUGCAAUACAUAGACAACACUAAUGUGGAAAAUUUUUACACAAUUGAUGUGUAUCCACAACAGUGUGUCAAAAAGAUUACAUUACUGAAGUACUUCAAGACCUACAUGAAUGAGAACUUAGUGCAGACCGGCCAGCAAAUGAAGGUGCCAGAGGCAGAUGUUUUUUCGAGGCUGCCAUUUCUGCACAAGUGGUUCAGACACCAAACCGCCAUAGUAUUUUUACUCAGCAAUGGUUCGGUGCAAAUGAAUUUCUUCGAAUGUCACUCCAAGUUGAUUUUCUGUCCCGUGAUGCAGGCAGUCACCUUGAUCGACCCCGAAAAGACAUUCUACACUUUCAAACUUCAGGAUCUGAAUGACGGUGCAUAUCCCUCAAAGCUGCACAAACUGAUGAGGACAGCUGAAAAGGCAAUGGGCCAAUUGAUGACUGCUGUUACAACACCUUCAGCCGCGGCAGCUGCAUCUUGAUGAAAGCGAUAAAAGAACUUGAUAAUCCGGAUUAAUAAAGUUCCAAUAAACAGGCUCUGAACUUAUUUAUUUUAUUGCAUCUGAAUCUCGAUGUAAAUUGUUGUUUUAACUAAGUUCACCAUUGAUUGAAUCCAUCAAUUUUUAAGAUAAAAAACCAUUUUCAAA